AUGUCCUCCUCGCUGGCCCGCAGCCGUUCCCUCCGCAAACCAACAGACCUCUCCUCCUCCUCCACCGCUCCGCAGCGAAAUGUCUCUCCAAGCCGCCUCCCCGCCCCGCGCCCGACGCGCCCGACCACCCGCAACGUCUCCUCCGGCAGCCUGAACGACACCGCAGCCGCCGCCGCACCUAAGAAGAAGCCCUCGGCACUGUCCUCGCUGCUCUCCCGCGGUUCCUCCACACGCCAGACCGCCGCCCGCAAAGAUGCUUCGUCCUCCUCCACCACCGCACCGUCAUCGCGGACGGCGAACGCUCCCACCCGGACCUCGUCAACCCGCGAGCCGACCGCAGGCCUGAACAGGCUCCGCAACCCCGCCGCGUCUUCAACGAGUAACCUCCCGGGAACAAGCGGCAGCGGCAGCACGCGACCAACAACAUCGAGCGGCCUCGCCCAGAAGCGGACCACGCCGACGUCCUCCACGGGCCCAGGCUUAGGCCACACCCGCGCGCGGAGCGUGGCAACUCUCAACGGAAGCACGACUCUCCCUCCUCCGAACCAAUCCUCCACGACGUCCAGGUCCACGGCGCCGAAACCCCGUCCGACGUCCCUCUACGGCGCCCCGUCAACCUCCACAACCUCUCUCGCCUCCUCCACAGCAGCCGCCAGACGCCCCGGCUCCGCAGCAGCACAAGACCCCGCCAGACCACCGCGCCCAGGCUCCGGCUCCUCGACCUCAACGACCUCAACCGCCACGGCCUCGACCACGAACCUCACCCACAAGCCCUCCGUCGCGAGCAUCUCGACCCGAACCCGCGCCGGCUCGACCGCCUCGACCAAACCCCCCUCCAAACCACCGACUCGCCAACAAACCACUCCAACCUCCCCCCGGCACCCGAAACCUCCCGUCCGUCAACAGCAACAACAAACCUCCCAACCCGCCUCCCCGCGCUCCCCACGAUCCCCCCCACGGAACAAACCCCUCCUCAAACCCGCCUUCACAACCCUCCAGCAGCACUACUCCCCCGCAAAGAACCUCGCCCCGAAGCCCCUCACAGCAACCUACCUCGCGCCCCCCUCCCCCUCCAAACUCCCCACAAAUGUCGCCCUCUCCGCCGAAACAUCCCGCCUCCAAACCGAGCUCCUCCAACUACACGUCCUCCACCGCGACCUCCCCACGACAACCUCCCAAUGGCACGCCUCCGCCCGGUCCUACCUCGCCUCCCUCCACGCCGCCCUCGCUUCCUCCUCAAAGGACCUCGUGUCCCUCGAAGCCGACGCCGCAGAACGCCUCAACGUAGCCGCCCUCCACCGCUGGGCCACCCCCAGAAAAGGCCUCCUCGAGGAAAAGAUCCAACGCCUCGACGCCCUCCUCACGUCCCUCUGGUCCCUCGACUCCCCCGGCGGCAAACACAACCGCCUCGUCCGCGCCUUCGAGCGCUGGGCCUCGUCCCUCUCCGACCUCGAAGCCGCGCGGGCGAGGGCAGACGGCCCCGACUCGGACCCCGCCGCCCUGCUCGACGCAAACCUCGAGGUCCGCUUCGGCGGCGGCCUCGACGCCCGCUGGAAGGAGGAGUGCGCCCUCCUCGUCCGCCGUCUCGAGGGCUGGGAUCUGCAGCUGAAGGAGCUGGCGUACGACGGCGAAGAAGAAGAAGAAGCGGAGGACGUGGCGCAGACGUCCAGUCUGAAGAGGAUGCUGGACGGCUGCGAGAGCUUGAUCAAGGAUAUGGUCGGCGAGCUGGCCGUCAUGGAGGAGAUUGAGGCCGCUGCUGUGCAGAGGGAGACGGAGUGGAUCAAGAAGAUGAACAGGCAAGGGGAUGACGGCGGCAAGAGAGAUACCCCGAGGGCUGGUGCCGUUUGGAGAGUGAUAUGA